AUGGAUGAACUGUUGCACGCGAUCUUCACGCGUUACGGCAAAUGCUACAUGUUCAACUCGGGCCAGGACGGGAAGCCGCCCCUGGUGACCUUGAAGGGGGGGAUGGGCAACGGGCUGGAGCUCAUGCUGGACAUCCAACAGGACGAGUACCUGCCAGUGUGGGGCGAGACCGAUGAAACUUCAUUUGAAGCUGGGAUCAAGGUUCAGAUCCACACUCAGGACGAGCCCCCCUUCAUCGAUCAGCUGGGGUUCGGAGUGGCCCCGGGCUUUCAGACAUUUGUGUCGUGUCAGGAGCAAAGGCUGACGUAUCUGCCUCCUCCGUGGGGAGACUGUAAGUCCUCUGCCAUGGACUCGGACUUCUUCAGCACCUACAGCAUCACGGCCUGCCGCAUCGACUGUGAAACGCGCUACCUGGUGGAGAACUGCAACUGCCGCAUGGUGCACAUGCCUGGAGAUGCUCCAUAUUGCACCCCUGAGCAGUACAAGGAGUGUGCUGAUCCUGCUCUUGACUUCCUGGUGGAGCGGGACAAUGAUUACUGCGUCUGCGAGACUCCGUGCAACUUGACGCGAUACGGCAAAGAGAUGUCCUUCGUCAAGAUCCCCAGCAAAGCCUCCGCAAAGUACCUGGCCAAGAAGUUCAACAAGACGGAGCAGUACAUAUCUGAAAACCUCUUGGUGUUGGACAUCUUCUUUGAAGCUCUAAACUAUGAGACUAUUGAGCAGAAGAAAGCCUAUGAGCUGGCAGGACUCCUGGGUGAUAUUGGGGGUCAGAUGGGUCUCUUCAUUGGAGCAAGUAUCCUGACCAUCCUUGAACUCUUUGACUAUCUUUAUGAGGUGAUUAAGUACAAGCUGUGCAGGUGUAUGAAGAAGAAACACAAGAGCCGCAACAGUAACGACCGAGGAGCUGUGCUGAGCCUGGACGACGUCAAGCGCCAUGCUCCGUGCGAGAACAUGCGCCCGCCGUCGUCGUACGCGGGCAACAUGCUACCUCACCACCCGGCGCAGGCCAACUUUGAAGACUUCACUUGCUGA